AGAAGACAGGCCAUCAUGACACGGACGAUGUGCGAGGUCCUUGUGCCCAAGACGAUCGGCCGCCGGGACUUUGACGGGACCGACGUCCGCGCGAUCGCAUCCGAAGCGCGCUGCAAGGUUCACGUCGAGGCGUCGCACCUCUCGCCCGUCGCCAACACCCGCCUCCUCGUGGUCGCCGGCGACCCGGACCAGGUCGGCCGCGCGCUGGCCGCGGCGAUGGACCACGUCCAGCGCCUGUCGGCAGAAGCGCGCCGGCUGCCGUGCACGGCCGCGUACCGCUACGUGUACGGCAAGGCGUCGCUGUAUAUCCCGAGCCACUUUGCCAACGUGCUCUCGUCGCGGCGCGACCUGGUUGACGCGCUUCUGGUCGAUGGCAGCGGCGACAUGCUCAUUGCGCCGACCGAAGAGAUGUCGAUUGGCAUCACGAAGCGACAGGUGCAAGUCGUGGGCACCGAGCCCGAGGUGCAUGCGAUCGUGGCCAAGCUCGACGCGAGCUUGCAGCGCCAUGAAGCGUGGCGGCUUUCCCAGCAGCUGCAAGGCGACGAAGUCGUGCUCAAGUGCGUCCUCAAGAGCAGCGACCUCGCGACGUGCGACCAAGUGAUCGAGCAACUUGGCUCGCGCUUCACCGUCAGCGUUUCGACGUCGUCGGGGACGCGCGACCGAUCGGUGCUGGCCAUCUCGGGCUGCAAGCACGAGGUCAUCCAAGCCACCAUGUACGUCGCCGCUAAGGUUACGUCCAGUCGACCUGCGCCAUCGAACGCGCGCCGCCGAAGCCGCGAACGGGGGCCGCCGACGGAGCGACAGCGCGCACGGCCUGUCCCGAAAGCGUUCCAGAGCGAGCCAGCUCUGGCGCCGCAUGUGAGCGCAGAGUCGGACGCACCAAGAGCACCUUUAGAAGUCAAGCGCGAGGCAACGGUCGCAGCGGCUCGUGGGACCAUCGACUUGAACGAGAUUGGGCGGGUCUCGAUCCCUAGCCGCGAUCCUCGGUUGCUGCGACAACGCGCUCCGCCGCCAGCGCGACUGAUGGCGCCUCAGCACUGCGUUCCACUGCACGCAACGUCCUUGCUGCAGCAAGAGCCCAGCUCCAUGCAGCUCGAGCCCGCACAGUCGCUGCAACCACCCGCUCGUGCCGCAUCGCCAUUGCCUGUCGUUGUCAAACCCGAGCCAAAUACCGAGCUACGGCCACCGGUCGAUCGAGCACCCAUGCCGCCACGCGUGACUGCGUCUUUGGUGCAAGAGCACGUCCCGUCGCCACGCCACGAAGCGACAAGCUCGCACGUACGCCCAGAAGUCUUGGUCGUCGCCCGUCCAGCUCCGCCGCGUGUACCCUCCAUCAUGGCCAAGCCCAAGCCGAAUCUUGAUCCUCGGCCGUCGGUCGGUCAGUCUCUACAGCAUGCCGUCACUGCACCUCUGUCGCAACCACGGCAACUCCCGUCGCCUCGCCCACAACCACCGAUAGGUCCACCCGCAAUUGCAGCGUCUCCUGCACCGUCUGUGGUGAUCAAGCCCGAGCCGUCGGUCGGGUCGCCUUCUGCUGCCCUGCAACCACACGUUCCUGCACGUCGUGAUGCGCCACUGGCUUCCCCAGCUGACCGAGAGAGCCCGACUGCUGACGUUGUCGUCAAGCCAGAGCCGCUUCAGUCGCUGCCGCCGACACCACACCAACCGGUCGCGCAACAUCGCGACCUGCCUUGUGCACCGGUUGCCUUGAUUCAUCCGGUGGUGCAAGCCGAGCCGGUGCAGCCCGCCACGGAGGUUUACGUCAAGCCCGAGCCUCGUCAUGAGCCUGUCCGCGCUAUGUCGAACCCACACAGCAUUCGACCCCGAGAGACCCGUCGUGUGCACGCCGCUAUACCACCGAUGCCCUCGAGUCAUCCAGUGGUGCAGACAGCGCCAGUGCAGUCCGCCACCGAGGUUUACAUCAAACCCGAGCCCCGUGCUGUGCCUACCCGCGCUACGCCAGUCGCUGGGCCCGAUCAACCUGGCUUUCAACCUCUCUCGAGUCAUCCGGUGGUGCAAGCCGAGCCAGUGCAGCCCGCCACCGAGGUUUACAUCAAGCCCGAGCCCCGUCUCGAGCCUGCCAGUGCUGCGUCCCGACGCCCGACGAGCGCCUCGGCCCUCGCACACGGUCUCUCAGAAGCGCCGCGGGCAGGGGCAGGGAAGCGGAAGGCGGAUGCCUCGGAGCGCACCGACGGCAAGCGCGUGCGACACGAGAUGCCCGCCGACUCUACGCUCUGCGCGCAGCCGACGCGCGUCACGAGCCGCAUCGCGCGCUCAAUUGCGUUGCGUCUCGUGCAAAGCGGUUUGCAACAGGUGUCACAAGUAUCAAGUUGAUACCUAUUCAGAGUGAUGGUGUGUAGGUGGUGGCCGGUGCCAAGGCGACCGUGCGAUUGGAGCCUGACGCAGCGGACGCCAACUACUACACGCUCUCGAUCACAGGCGCGUGGACCGAUACGCUGGAUGCGCAGCGCGCGCUUCAAGCCCUCGCGCCGAACCUAUAGCAGUAUUCUCUAAACCGAGUACAUCUGAGUUCGGACGGUCUCGACAAGC